GCAGUCGCGCCUGGGCCGCCGCGGGCCCGCACCCGACGCGGAGCGCGGCGCACGGCGGUGGCUAGGGCCGCGGGCGGGCGCGAGCGUGGGCGGACGGCCGGCCUCGGACCGGCAUGGCGGACCGCCGGCGUGCGUGGAACACGGAGGACGACCUGCCCGUGUACCUGGCUCGGCCGGGCAGCGCGGCGCAGACCCCGCGCCAGAAGUACGGCGGCAUGUUCGCCGCGGUGGAGGGCGCCUACGAGAACAAGACCAUCGACUUCGACGCGUACAGCGUGGGCCGCCGCGGCUCGGCGCGCACGCCGCGCAGUGCGGGCCGGCUGGACGCCCUCGGCCUGCCGGGACCGGGCGGCAGCGAGGACACGGCCAGCGACGUGAGCGAGCCCUCGGGCUCGGCCGUCAGCUCUCCGGGCGAGCGCGAGGAGCGGCCGCCGGCGCUGCGCAUCCGCUGCCCUGCGCCCCGCGAUCUGCCUCUCGGCCGGGACAAUGGCCAGAGUGACCGGCUCCUCAUCAAAGGUGGACGAAUCAUCAAUGAUGACCAGUCCUUCUACGCCGAUGUCUACCUGGAAGACGGACUUAUAAAACAAAUAGGAGAAAACUUAAUCGUUCCUGGUGGAGUGAAGACCAUUGAGGCCAAUGGGCGGAUGGUUAUUCCCGGAGGCAUUGAUGUCAACACGUACCUGCAGAAGCCCUUCCAGGGCAUGACUGCCGCCGAUGACUUCUUCCAAGGGACCAGGGCGGCGCUGGCGGGCGGAACCACGAUGAUCAUUGACCAUGUGGUCCCGGAACCUGGGUCCAGCCUGCUGACCUCCUUCGAGAAAUGGCAUGAAGCAGCCGAUACCAAAUCCUGCUGCGACUACUCCCUCCAUGUGGACAUCACAAGCUGGUAUGAUGGCAUUCGGGAAGAGCUGGAGGUGCUGGUGCAGGACAAAGGCGUCAACUCCUUCCAAGUCUACAUGGCCUAUAAGGGUCUCUACCAAAUGUCCGAUAGCCAGCUCUACGAAGCCUUCACCUUCCUUAAGGGGCUGGGCGCUGUGAUCUUGGUGCACGCGGAAAAUGGAGAUUUGAUAGCUCAGGAACAGAAGCGGAUCUUAGAGAUGGGCAUCACGGGUCCCGAGGGCCAUGCUCUGAGCAGACCCGAGGAGCUGGAGGCCGAGGCCGUGUUCCGGGCCAUCGCCAUUGCAGGCCGGAUCAACUGCCCCGUGUACAUCACCAAGGUGAUGAGCAAGAGUGCGGCCGACAUCAUCGCCCUGGCCCGGAAGAGAGGCCCCCUCGUGUUUGGCGAGCCCAUCGCCGCCAGCCUGGGGACCGACGGCACCCAUUACUGGAGCAAGAACUGGGCCAAGGCGGCGGCGUUCGUGACCUCGCCUCCCCUGAGCCCCGACCCUACCACGCCCGACUACUUGACCUCCCUGCUGGCCUGUGGAGACCUGCAGGUCACGGGCAGCGGCCACUGUCCCUAUAGCACCGCCCAGAAGGCUGUGGGCAAGGACAACUUCACUCUGAUCCCCGAGGGCGUCAACGGGAUUGAGGAGCGGAUGACCGUCGUCUGGGACAAGGCGGUGGCGACCGGCAAAAUGGACGAGAACCAGUUUGUCGCUGUCACUAGCACCAACGCAGCCAAGAUCUUUAACCUGUACCCCAGAAAAGGCCGGAUCGCCGUGGGCUCCGAUGCCGACGUGGUCAUCUGGGACCCCGACAAGGUGAAGACCAUAACGGCCAAGAGUCACAAAUCGGCUGUGGAGUACAACAUCUUCGAGGGCAUGGAGUGCCACGGCUCCCCGCUGGUGGUCAUCAGCCAGGGCAAGAUCGUCUACGAGGACGGCGACAUCAACGUCAACAAGGGCAUGGGCCGCUUCAUCCCGCGGAAGCCUUUCCCCGAGCAUCUCUACCAGCGCGUCCGAAUCAGGAACAAGGUCUCCGGAUUGCUAGGGGUUCCCAGGGGCAUGUACGACGGGCCCGUGUAUGAGGUGCCAGCUACUCCCAAGUAUGCAACUCCUGCUCCUUCCGCCAAAUCCUCGCCUUCCAAACAGCAGCCGGCGCCCUUCAGAAACCUCCACCAGUCCAACUUCAGCUUGUCAGGUGCCCAGACAGAUGACAACAACCCCAGGCGCACCGGCCACCGCAUCGUGGCGCCCCCUGGUGGCCGCUGCAACAUCACCAGCCUCGGUUGACAGGAGUGGAUGAGCUCGAGUGAAGGAUUCUGGGAAUGAUGUCCAUUCCUCUCCGUCAGUGUUUUUCAAACCCAUAGUUUUAUUUGGUACUGAGCGGGGACACACCGAAUGAUGUUCUUCCCUUUUUCGUUUAGGAGGAAGUGGUACUAGUGGUAUGUUUGCUUGGGAAGUCCCUGCCCCCGUGCGUGCCCAUGCCGACGCCCACGCCGAGCAUGGGGUCCCCACUGCCCUCCUCAGUGAGCGCGGUCCCAGCGUCGUCUCGUACCGUCCCCUCCACUUCCCAGCCCCGGGCUCCGUGAUUCUUGAGUGGUUCCUUUGCACCCCUGUAGCUGUUCUAGGGUAGUUGAUGCAUGUUGUUCCGUGUGGAAGUCCGUGUGAGCAUCUGACGGCACGUCACUGUCACCGAGGAUCGAUGUAGACACCAGGCCAGGCCCUCCGGCCCUCAGGGCAACUGCCCACUGGACAGGAAGACGUUCACGCACCGCCCACCCUCAGUCUGCCCUGGAGAGACGCCCGCCCCCUCACCCGCUGGGCCCCCUGGGUUGUCAGAGGCAGGGGGGCUCUGAGCAGGGCCACCGCGCCGCGUCGGGAAGGCUGGUCUCUGUGGCGCAUGCCACUGGCCAUGACACCUUUCCGGUCUGUGCGUACCCUUCCAGCCAGCUCUGGACGUCGGGCCGAGCCGGCCGUGUGCUCAGAAAGGCGUCCCUUGUCCCCGUCCAGGGCUGACGGCCGUGGGGUGGCGGCUGCUUCCAGUUGCCUGUGCCCUUGUCUCUGAGGAGGUUGACGGGGCAGUCAGAUUUUUAAAGUUUUGUACAAAGUUUUUCUUUGUAAUCACCCCCAUUUUUACUUACCGACUGGCUUAUUGUGGCUCUCAUUUCUGAAUUCAAAGCUUGUGAAAAAAUAAAAUA